GUGGCUAGCUUGCGUUGUCCAACACUGGUGGGAAGCCAAAAUUCUUUGUUUAGCCGCGAAAAUUGCGCUAAAACACCCACAAAAACCAACUAGUUUUUGUAUAAAACGUGCCUUGGGUUUGAUUUUUAAAGCAAUAAGUUUGCUGGAUUUUACGUAUCUGCCAAAAGCAAGUCAAGCAGAAAAGAUAUCAUUGCCCUCCAUCUGCGAAAACAAUUUGAUUGGCGGCAUUGGAAAAACCACAAAAUGGCACAAAUUGAGGAGUACCAGGACUUGGUGGUCGAUGCCCUAGAGGUUGUGGACUUUAAGCUGAUUAGGGACAAGGGGGACAUCAACAACGACGCCCUGACUUUCCACCCCGCCAUGGCCCACCAGAUAUUCGGCGAGUCGGAGACCAUCUUCGGCUACAAGGACUUGCGCGUGCGAGUGAUGUACACGGCAGGACCCUUGCACAUUUACCUGGGCAUCGAGUACGGCCAGCGGGUAAACGAGAUCUCCGGCGGAGAGAUCAAGGCCGACGACGUGGUCAGCACCAUUGCCCAGAGUCUGCCAGACGGCUGCUACUUCAUCAACCUUGACGAGUUCCUCAAAACCCUGGACAAGGCGGACAAGUUCCAGCCGUUCGGCGAGAAGAUCAGCGAAUACACCCGGGUUGCGGACGACGGAAGCGAAAGGCUCUUCGAGAUUUUCCAGUGCGACUACAAGAGCUCGUCCUUCCUCAAAUUUUUUGCCCGGCUACAGACAUUCGUCUUGUGGUUCGUGGACGCCGCCUCCUACAUCGACACUGAUGACCCACAGUGGUGCUACUUCCUGUGCUAUGAAAAGUACAAGAACAACGAUGGCCAAUGGCAGUACGCCACUGCUGGCUACACCACCGUAUACGAGUACUACGCCUAUCCGCAGAACAAGAGGCCCAGAAUAAGCCAGAUGCUGAUAUUGCCGCCAUUCCUGAAACUCGGUUUGGCCACCCAGAUGGUGGAGACCAUUUACAAGUUUUAUCAGACACAGAAGAACGUGGUGGACAUCACCGUGGAGGAUCCAUCCGAGGAGUUCCAACGUUUGCGCAACUUUGUGGACGCCCGAUCCUGCAAGGAACUGAAGUCGUUUGCCCGUGCCGAAAUCAUGAAGGGUUUCAACAAGGAAAUGGUGCGGGAAGCUCGUGAAGCCCUGAAACUCAAUCCCCGCCAGGUGCGGAAGGUGUACGAGCUGCUGCGUUUGUUCUACACCAAUGUGAAAGAUGAAAAGGAGUACCGGUCUUAUAGGCUGGAAGUGAAGAAACGACUCAACGCCGUCUAUUAUAAGCAGUUGAAGGAUCUGAAGAAAAUGGAGCGCUUCAAGAUGGACACUGAGAUGCUGCGGGCUCGCCUGCCAACGAUUAAGCAACGCAUGGAGCAGCUUCAGGAGGAGUACAGUGUGGUCGAGCAAGACUACCAGACCACCAUUGCCAAAUUGAAAGCCCAGUAGGGUCUGCGGAUCCAAGGGGUGUUGAGUAAUUUAUUUCGUUUUUCCGUUUUCAAAUAUGUUGAUUACAAAAUACAUUAUGUUGCUAUAUGCCUAUAGUAAGGUUCUUUUGAAUAAAUAUUAAAAAUUACAUA